UUGCCAUCACGUUCACAGCAUAGUAUGAUCAUGUUGACCGCCAGAGGGCGCUCAGGAGUCACGCUGGCUGUCGACGUCACACGGAAGUCUUCACAUGACUGUCAGUGGACGAACACAAGAGGAAGAGAGUGUUUGUCUUUGUUGUGAGGUCACCAUGGGGUCUGCAGUGGAGAGGACAGACGAACACGUGAGAGAAUAUCUGAUCUACCGCGGCUUUACUAACACUUUGAAACAUCUGGACAGUGACAUCAAAACUGACAAGGAGAAAGGCUUCAGGGUGGAUAAGAUCAUUGACCAACUGCAGCAGUUUGUCCAGAACUUCGACCUGUUUGGUUUGAAGGAGUACUGGCUUUACCUGGAUAGACGUCUGUUCUGCAGACUGGAAGAUGUCUACAGAUCCACUGUCAACAAACUGAGAACCAGUCUGUACAGAUACUACAUCAUCAACACCAUCCAGAGAGGAAACCUGGAGAAAACUCAGGAGUUUUUCCAGAAGCAGGCACUGGAGCUGCAGGGCCAGGCUGAGUGGCGUGAUUGGUUCAUCCUGCCAUUUAUACCUGCCCCUGAGCAGAACCCCACCUUCUCUCCAUACUUCUCCCGUCAGUGGGCUGACACCUUCCUGGUUUCAUUGCACAACUUCCUGUCUGUCCUCUUCCAGUGUAUGCCCCAGCCAGUCUUGCUGAGUUUUGAUGCUGAAGUUCAGAAGGCAACCAGCCUGACAGAAGAGAAUGAACAGCUCCGCCAGCUGCUGUUUGCUCUGCAGACAGAGAGUCGGGACCAGAGAGCUAGAGAUGAGAUGGUCCACCACAAGCUGCCGGUAUACGUCCAGAACAUGGACCGCCUUGGAGACACUGAGCUGGACUUGGUGUCGAGCCAGCGUGCCGUUAGCACUGCCACCACUCCAUCCAGAAACUUCUUCUCUACAUUCCUACCACAGGGUAGACGCACCCCUGUGAAACCGCCUCAGAUCACCACUGGGACCUCGCCAGGCCAGGUAGCAGUGGGCAGAAAGGACCCAACAACCAAUCUGCCUUCAAAGUCAAAGGAGGCAGUCCAACCCAAGGAGGUGAAGCCAGUUUCCAGCCAGGCUUCAACCAGUGAACCUGGAAGCUCCCAGUCCCAACAGGCAACAAACCAGUCAACAAACCAGCCGACAAACCAAAGACACAAGAGGAUCCAGGAUCAUGAGAAGGAGAGGAAAGAGCUGUUCUCCAAACCACCAUCACAGACACUUGAGAAAAAGGGGGAGGCGGCAGAAGUAGAGCCCACUGUCGAGACCUCCGGUGACACUCCUGACUCCCCCUCUUCAAAUAACAAGAGCUGUGGAGGAGGAUCAGAGGGUGGAGAUCUGUCAGCAGAACAGCCUUUUAUCAAACUCAGCCAGGAAGAGUAUGGAGAACACCACUCUUCCAUCAUGCAUUGCAGGGUUGACUGUUCUGGUCGUCGGGUUGCCAGUUUGGAUGUAGAUGGGGUCAUCAAGGUAUGGUCCUUCAACCCAAUCAUGCAGACCAAAGCCACCAUCAUGUCUAAGUCCCCUCUGCUGUCUCUGGAAUGGGCCACCAAACCUGACAGACUGUUAUUACUAGGCAGCGGUGUUGGCACAGUGCGACUGUAUGAUACGGACGCCAAGAAAAAUCUCUAUGAGAUGAACAUUGACGAAACACAUCCACGUAUCUUGUCUCUAGCCUGCAGUCCCAGCGGUUCGUCAUUUGUCUGUUCAGCUGCAGCUCUCAGUGGUUCUGGGAGCUCCGAUUCUGUUCCUCGACUUCCUUUCCCUGUGUCUGGACAGCUGCUGCUCUGGGACACCAAGACUGUCAAACAACAGCUCCAGUUCUCUUUAGAACCUGAACCAGUAGCCAUUAACUGCACAGCCUUCAACCACAAUGGAAAUCUACUGGUGACCGGAGCUGCUGAUGGAGUCAUCAGACUGUUUGACAUGCAGCGGUAUGAGAGUGCUAUGAGCUGGAGAGCUCAUGAUGGGGAAGUUUACAGUGUGGAGUUUAGCUACGAUGAAAACACUGUCUUCAGCAUCGGUGAAGAUGGAAAGUUCAUCCAGUGGAACAUCCAUCGGUGUGGAGUGAAGCAGUCAGAGCAGGUUUUACCUCAGGACGCCACCGGGCCCUUUGUCCUGUCAGGGUACAGUGGAUACAAACAGGUUCAGGUUCCUCGAGGUCGACUCUUCGCCUUUGACUCUGAAGGACAACAUGUCCUCACUUGUUCCAGCACCGGAGGACUCGUAUCCAGACUGACCGGUGGAGAGCAAGCUCUGGAGAGCGUGCUGUCACUGGGUGGGCACAAAGCACCGGUGGUAACAGUUGACUGGUGCUCGGCGGUGGACUGCGGCACCUGCCUGACUGCCUCCAUGGACGGGAAGAUCAAACUGAGCACGCUUCUGGCACAGAAGUCCUGACUGAAGACACUUCAGGGGUCAGGUCAUCCAGGUUUACAAUAAAUUGAUUCAGUGUGUUCAAUCACUGUUGGAGAUUAUUCUAGAAUCUGAUGAAUACAGUAUGUCAUCUGCGUCAUGAACUGAUACAGAAAGUGAAAACCCACCCACCUGUUAUAAAUUCAUAUUAACAUUAAAAUUCCACUGAAAGUUAA